UAUGAUUUAUAAUAAGUAUGUGUUUUACAGUUAUUUAGUUUCAUUAUCUAUAUAUAUUACUUGUGUAGUAUGAUUUUAGUGACAAAUAAAUAAAUAGAUAAUUAUAAAUAAAUAAUUAUUUUACCAAUUAAUUAAUUAACUUAUGGAGGUUAGAAAUAAUAUUAGUAGUAGUAGUAGUAGUAGUAGUGGUAGCAGAGGAGACCAUCAACAAGAUAACAACAAAAUAAACUGGACAAAAUAUGGUCUAGGUGUUAAUGACAAUCAUAAUAAAAAUGAUGAUCAACAGUUAAAUAAAACACAAAAUUUUGACACUAUAUCAUCAAAUAACAAUAAUAAUAAUAAUGAUAAUAUAAAUUAUGAUGGUAUCGGAUCAACUGGCAAUGCAGCUAUAAGUGCUAAUAUUUAUCCAUCAGGUGACAAUGAAUUAUAUGCCCAAGAAUAUAAUGCUGAUCCUUGGUGGAAAUCAAAUUUUUUCAUAUCUCAACCAGUGUUAUUUGGUACUUGGGAUGGUGUAUUUACAUCAUGUCUUAUUAAUAUAUUUGGAGUUAUUGUUUUAUUGAGAUCAGGAUGGAUUGUUGGACAAGCUGGAGCUUUAAAUGCCGUCUUAAUUAUUUUUUCAACCGUUUGUGUAGCGUUAGUAACUGUGUUGUCAGCAGUUGGAAUAUGUGAAAGAUGCAGAGUUGAAAGCGGUGGAGUUUAUUUUUUACUUUCACAUGUAUUAGGAUCAAGAUUUGGUGGAUCCAUUGGAUUACUCUAUUGCUUUGGACAAGCAGUCGGAUGUGCAUUAAAUGUAUUAGGAUUUGGUGAAUCAAUGGCUGAAUUAGUUAAUCUUGAAACUCCAUGGACACAACGUGGUUUUGCGUGUGCUGCUGUUAUUUUAUUAUCAGUUAUAAAUAUUGCUGGUGUUAAAUGGGUUAUUAAAUUACAAUUUAUUCUUCUUUUAAUAUUAUUACUUGCAGCUGGUGAUUUUAUUAUCGGUAGUUUUACUCACAUUGAUUCAGCGGCAGGAUUUGAAGGUUGGUUAUCUGGUAAUUUACGAAAUAACACAUUUUCACAAUAUCAAAGUGAUUAUGGAUGGUUUACUGUUUUUGGUGUUUUUUUUCCAACUGUUACUGGAGUAUUAGCUGGAAUAAAUAUGAGUGGUGAUUUACGACACCCUUCAAAGAAUAUUCCUAAUGGUACAUUAGCAGCAUUAGGAACUGGGGCAAUACUUUAUUUAAUAUUUUCUCUAUUUCUCGCAGCAACAUGUACAAGAGCUGCAUUACUUGAUAAUUUUAUGAUUGCAUCAACUGUUUCGGAAUUUUCAGUUUUAUUAUUAGCUGGGCUUUAUGUAUCAUCAUUUAGCAGUUGUUUAGGAGCAAUGUACGGUACACCACGUGUUUUACAAUCAAUUGCUGGACAAAAUGUUAUACCUGGAAUAAGUUGUCUACAGCAUGGUCGUGGCCCAAAUAAAGUACCAAUAUAUGCAAUGAUUGUUGUUGCUAUUGUUACAUUAACAUUUAUUAUUAUUGGUGAAAUAAAUACACUUGCGCCAAUAGUUACAAUGCCAUUUUUAUUAACAUAUGCAUGUAUGGAUUAUGCUUAUUUUGCAUUGGCACAAACUUUUGAUCUUCAACAUACACGUGAACAAAGAUUUAGAGUUCAACAAACACCAACUUUUGAAGAUAAUAAUUAUGGUACUGCAGCUAACAACAUUGAAUAUAAUAAUCAUAAUUUCAAUAAUCAAAAUUUUUAUAGUAAUGAUUACGAUACUAACAAUGAUUUAGACACAUUAUUUCCAGAAAGAACUCGGCAUAAAAAUUUAAUGAGAAAUUCAAGUAUUACUUCUGAAAAUAACAGUACAAUUGGAAAUAAUGAUUUAUCAUUAUCCUCAUCACCCAGCAAUGAAGAUAAUCAAAAUAAUAUAUCAUCAAAUAAUACGACAGCAGAUUUAAAUCGUCGUAAAAAUCCGCAUAUUCAUGGUAAAUUAGGAAAUUGGUACAGUCCGCUUUGUAACAGAUGGUUUUCAUUAUUUGGAGCACUUGUUAAACUUUUAAUAAUGUUUCUGGUACAUUGGGGAUAUGCAAUAGCAAAUAUUGUUGUUGUAUUUGUUGUCUGGAGUUACGUAGGUCAUGCAAAUCCAGCAGUUAAACCUGGUGUAUCCGCUGAAUUUAAAUUAUUUGAAUGGUUAAAAAGUUGUAUAUUAAGACUUAUUGGUCGUAAAAUUUAUGAUUAUGAACAAAUUGUUGUAACACCAAUACAUCCUGGUGUUGAUAUAUCAUCAGCCCAAUUAAAUGAAGAAAAUCAAGAUUUUGCUGGACGACGAAGGUAUCAUCAGACUGCUACUGUUACAGGUCAAUAUGUUCAUGUUGAUUAAUAUACAGACUGAUUAACAAUUUUUAUUCUUUUUUUUUCUUUUAUUUUUUUACUUAAACUAUUAUAUCCAUUAUUAUUAUUUUAUAACAUAUAGUUUUAAAAAAAUAAAAGUGUGAAAAUUAAUAUUAAGUAUUAAUCUAAGUUUUUUCCAUUUUAAUACUCUGUAAAUACCAAAUAACUAUAAUAAUACUAAAAAUAUAUUUAUAUGAUAUUUAAA